AUGUUGGUAGGAUUUCUCCUAGUUUGUGCAACAGUGCUGGCCAAGUACAGCGGGAAGACCAGCAGCGAGGCGGUUGCCAACACAAACUGCGCACAAGAGCUGCAGAAUGCGGGCUGCAAGACGUGCGGCCCCAACGACCAGACGUGCCUGGACUGCAAGACUCCUGGCGAGAACGUGCAGCUCGAUAAAAGAAGCUGCGGCCCCACCUGCCCGCAGAACUCCUCCCCCAACCAAAACGUCUGCGAGUGCAACCCGGGAUUCAACCUGAACGAUAGAAAAGACGCGUGCGAGGCGGUUGCCAACACAAACUGCGCACAAGAGCUGCAGAAUGCGGGCUGCAAGACGUGCGGCCCCAACGACCAGACGUGCCUGGACUGCAAGACUCCUGGCGAGAACGUGCAGCUCGAUAAAAGAAGCUGCGGCCCCACCUGCCCGCAGAACUCCUCCCCCAACCAAAACGUCUGCGAGUGCAACCCGGGAUUCAACCUGAACGAUAGAAAAGACGCGUGCGAGGCGGUUGCCAACACAAACUGCGCACAAGAGCUGCAGAAUGCGGGCUGCAAGACGUGCGGCCCCAACGACCAGACGUGCCUGGACUGCAAGACUCCUGGCGAGAACGUGCAGCUCGAUAAAAGAAGCUGCGGCCCCACCUGCCCGCAGAACUCCUCCCCCAACCAAAACGUCUGCGAGUGCAACCCGGGAUUCAACCUGAACGAUAGAAAAGACGCGUGCGAGGCGGUUGCCAACACAAACUGCGCACAAGAGCUGCAGAAUGCGGGCUGCAAGACGUGCGGCCCCAACGACCAGACGUGCCUGGACUGCAAGACUCCUGGCGAGAACGUGCAGCUCGAUAAAAGAAGCUGCGGCCCCACCUGCCCGCAGAACUCCUCCCCCAACCAAAACGUCUGCGAGUGCAACCCGGGAUUCAACCUGAACGAUAGAAAAGACGCGUGCGAGGCGGUUGCCAACACAAACUGCGCACAAGAGCUGCAGAAUGCGGGCUGCAAGACGUGCGGCCCCAACGACCAGACGUGCCUGGACUGCAAGACUCCUGGCGAGAACGUGCAGCUCGAUAAAAGAAGCUGCGGCCCCACCUGCCCGCAGAACUCCUCCCCCAACCAAAACGUCUGCGAGUGCAACCCGGGAUUCAACCUGAACGAUAGAAAAGACGCGUGCGAGGCGGUUGCCAACACAAACUGCGCACAAGAGCUGCAGAAUGCGGGCUGCAAGACGUGCGGCCCCAACGACCAGACGUGCCUGGACUGCAAGACUCCUGGCGAGAACGUGCAGCUCGAUAAAAGAAGCUGCGGCCCCACCUGCCCGCAGAACUCCUCCCCCAACCAAAACGUCUGCGAGUGCAACCCGGGAUUCAACCUGAACGAUAGAAAAGACGCGUGCGAGGCGGUUGCCAACACAAACUGCGCACAAGAGCUGCAGAAUGCGGGCUGCAAGACGUGCGGCCCCAACGACCAGACGUGCCUGGACUGCAAGACUCCUGGCGAGAACGUGCAGCUCGAUAAAAGAAGCUGCGGCCCCACCUGCCCGCAGAACUCCUCCCCCAACCAAAACGUCUGCGAGUGCAACCCGGGAUUCAACCUGAACGAUAGAAAAGACGCGUGCGAGGCGGUUGCCAACACAAACUGCGCACAAGAGCUGCAGAAUGCGGGCUGCAAGACGUGCGGCCCCAACGACCAGACGUGCCUGGACUGCAAGACUCCUGGCGAGAACGUGCAGCUCGAUAAAAGAAGCUGCGGCCCCACCUGCCCGCAGAACUCCUCCCCCAACCAAAACGUCUGCGAGUGCAACCCGGGAUUCAACCUGAACGAUAGAAAAGACGCGUGCGAGGCGGUUGCCAACACAAACUGCGCACAAGAGCUGCAGAAUGCGGGCUGCAAGACGUGCGGCCCCAACGACCAGACGUGCCUGGACUGCAAGACUCCUGGCGAGAACGUGCAGCUCGAUAAAAGAAGCUGCGGCCCCACCUGCCCGCAGAACUCCUCCCCCAACCAAAACGUCUGCGAGUGCAACCCGGGAUUCAACCUGAACGAUAGAAAAGACGCGUGCGAGGCGGUUGCCAACACAAACUGCGCACAAGAGCUGCAGAAUGCGGGCUGCAAGACGUGCGGCCCCAACGACCAGACGUGCCUGGACUGCAAGACUCCUGGCGAGAACGUGCAGCUCGAUAAAAGAAGCUGCGGCCCCACCUGCCCGCAGAACUCCUCCCCCAACCAAAACGUCUGCGAGUGCAACCCGGGAUUCAACCUGAACGAUAGAAAAGACGCGUGCGAGGCGGUUGCCAACACAAACUGCGCACAAGAGCUGCAGAAUGCGGGCUGCAAGACGUGCGGCCCCAACGACCAGACGUGCCUGGACUGCAAGACUCCUGGCGAGAACGUGCAGCUCGAUAAAAGAAGCUGCGGCCCCACCUGCCCGCAGAACUCCUCCCCCAACCAAAACGUCUGCGAGUGCAACCCGGGAUUCAACCUGAACGAUAGAAAAGACGCGUGCGAGGCGGUUGCCAACACAAACUGCGCACAAGAGCUGCAGAAUGCGGGCUGCAAGACGUGCGGCCCCAACGACCAGACGUGCCUGGACUGCAAGACUCCUGGCGAGAACGUGCAGCUCGAUAAAAGAAGCUGCGGCCCCACCUGCCCGCAGAACUCCUCCCCCAACCAAAACGUCUGCGAGUGCAACCCGGGAUUCAACCUGAACGAUAGAAAAGACGCGUGCGAGGCGGUUGCCAACACAAACUGCGCACAAGAGCUGCAGAAUGCGGGCUGCAAGACGUGCGGCCCCAACGACCAGACGUGCCUGGACUGCAAGACUCCUGGCGAGAACGUGCAGCUCGAUAAAAGAAGCUGCGGCCCCACCUGCCCGCAGAACUCCUCCCCCAACCAAAACGUCUGCGAGUGCAACCCGGGAUUCAACCUGAACGAUAGAAAAGACGCGUGCGAGGCGGUUGCCAACACAAACAAGAGUAGUGGCCUUUCUACCGGCGCCAUUGCAGGCAUUGCUGUGGCUGCUGUUAUUGUCGUCGGGGGCCUCGUCGGCUUCCUCUGCUGGUGGUUCCUCUGCCGGGGCAAAGCGUAG